AUGGCCAGUGAUAAAAUUGUCUUCCUGACCAACUGGUAUGCCGCUGAACCCCUUCUUACUGACCAUUCUGAAUCACCAUUGACCUUCCUCAUGUCUUAUCUGCACGCGACGCCCUACCAUGCCCCACUGUACCUUGCACAAGCCAAAGGCUUCUUCAACGACGAAGGUGUCAAGGUUGCUUUGCUCGAACCAAACGAUCCGAGUGAUGUUACCGAGAUCAUCGGGACUGGAAAGGCAGAUCUCGGCUACAAGGCCAUGAUUCACACCCUUGCGGCUAAGGCCCGCGACUUUCCUGUCACGUCCAUCGGUAGCCUCUUGGACGAGCCUUUCACUGGCGUAGUCUACCUGAAGUCAUCUGGCAUCACGACCGACUUUCGUACACUGAAGGGUAAACGCAUCGGAUAUGUGGGCGAGUUUGGCAAGAUCCAGAUCGACGAGCUGACCUCCCACUACGGUAUGACGCCCUCGGACUACACGGCCGUGCGAUGCGGAAUGAACGUGUCCAAGGCCAUCAUCCGCGGCGAGAUCGACGCGGGGAUUGGCCUCGAAAACGUGCAAAUGGUGGAACUCGAAGAAUGGCUCGAAACACAAGGGCGCCCAAAAUCGGAUGUGCAGAUGUUGCGCAUCGACGAGCUGGCCGAACUCGGCUGCUGCUGCUUCUGCACCAUCCUGUACAUCGGUAACGACUCGUUCAUCGCACAGAACCCGGACAAGGUCCGCGCGUUCAUGCGCGCCGUCAAACGAGCAACGGACUUCGUGCUGCAGCAGCCCGAGGAGGCGUGGAAGCUGUUCAUCGACUUCAAGCCCGUGCUGAACACCGCUCUGAACCGGAAGAUCUUCGAGCGCAGCUUCCCCUACCUGUCCAACGAUCUGAAGAACGUCAAGAGAGACUGGACCAAAGUGACCAGUUACGGAAAGAGACUGGGCGUUCUGGACCACGACUUCGUCCCGAAUUACACCAACGAGUUCCUUCAGUGGCCGCUUGCCGAGGAGUCGGCCGAUCCGACCGGUGACCAGAAGAGAAUGGCCGAGCUGCAGUGCAGUGUCAGGGCCAGGGGUGGUCUCCAGCGACUUGGUGCAGUAGCUGCUACCACCGAGACCGCCGUGGCGGCUUGA